AUGCUGUCCGCCGUCGCCAAACCGAGGCAGUUGGCCUCGCAGAUACUCAACUUUGGCCUGAUCCUGUCCACAGCCUUUAUGAUCUGGAAAGGACUCUCUGUCGUCUCUGACUCGUCCUCGCCCAUCGUCGUCGUCCUCUCCGGCUCCAUGGAGCCGGCCUUUCAGCGGGGCGACCUGCUCUUCUUGUGGAAUCGCAACCUCUUGCAGGAAACCGACGUCGGCGAGAUCGUGGUCUACAACGUUCGCGGAAAGGACAUUCCCAUUGUGCACCGGAUCGUGCGCAAGUUUGGCACAGGACCCCAUGCAAAACUGCUCACCAAGGGAGAUAACAAUGCCGGCGAUGACACCGAUCUGUACGCGCAGGGUCAGGACUACCUCGAGCGGAAAGACAUUGUGGGCAGCGUGGUGGGAUAUGUGCCGUUUGUCGGCUACGUGACCAUCCUCUUGACAGAGCAUCCGUGGCUGAAAAAGGUCAUGCUGGGCCUGAUGGGAGUGCUCGUCGUACUGCAACGCGAGUAA